AAAGAAGAUUGAAGAAGAGGCGAUUAUUGUAUAGUUCCUCCUUGGCGGUGAACGCGGGAUACGGAGAGGGGGCCGACGAUGGAGGAGAACGCUCGCGUCCCUGAGAGCGAGAGGCUUCAAAUGGCGCAGAUCCUCGAGCUCGACAUGGAGGAGCUCCAGGUCGAGGAAGUUGACGACGACUUCGAAGCCUCCGACAAUGGCGGCGACGACGACGACGCCCUCUUUAGAAGUGGCAAUGGUGAUAGAGAGGCGGGUCCAUCUGAUGGUCUUACCUUCGAUACAUCUUUGGCUUCCUUACAUACAUACCUCGGCGAGAUUGAUGAUAUCCAUGGAAGGAACAGUUUUUUCGAUGGCGGUACAAUCUUGCAAGUCCCGUUGCUCUAUUUUGAAGGAGUUGUUUUGUUCCCUGAAGCGACUCUCCCUCUUAGAAUAGUUGAUCCUAAAUUUACAGCUGCUGUGGAAAAAGCUCUAAACCAGGUUGAUGCUCCAUGCACAAUAGGUGUGGUUCGUGCUUAUCGGCCUCGGAACAAUGGAUGGAUUCGUGCUGCUUCAAUUGGCACAACUGCUGAGAUACGGCAAUAUAGGCGAUUGGAUAAUGGUUCAUUAAAUGUUGUUACUCGUGGUCAACAGAGAUUUCGCUUGAGACGUCAUUGGGUAGAUGUUGAUGGAGCACCCUUUGGUGAAAUUGAAAUCGUCCAAGAAGAUACUCCUCUGAGAACCCCGAAAGAUGCAUUUGGGCAGCUGGCCUCAGUUAACAACUAUCGGACAUGUACCUUCUCACACAGAAAAGCUUCAGGUGUUCUUGCUGCUCUUCAACAUGGAUUUGUAGAUGCAGAAAAUGAUUCAGACUCUGUGUCAUCUGGUAGUGUCUUGAGCGACUAUUCUGAAAUGGACACGAGAGUGUGCCUUACUGGAUCUGGUUCUGUAGAUUCAGCAAAUAAAAAUGAAAUGUUCAAUGAGUUGUCAAGUGGUGAGGAGGAAUUCUUGCAUGGGCAUUUUGGGAUGCAGCAAAAAAUUUCUUCAAAAUCAAGUCGAUCAGCUGCACAUUUUAAGCAUGAAAAAAUGAAUGAGGAAGGUGUUGACAAGCAUUCUCCAAGGAAAGAAUUGAGCAACAUUUAUAGAGCUGCAACUGAGUCAAACUGUGCAUUCCAGGCUCCAAUGUCUUUUUGGCCUCGUUGGGUUUAUGAAAUGUAUGAUGCAUAUUCACUUGCUCGACGGGCUGCAGAGUUAUGGAGACAGAUAAUUGUGAACCCAAGCAUGGAUGAUUAUAUCAGAAAACCAGGUCUUUUGUCUUUCUAUAUUGCCAGCAAACUCCCUUUAUCAGAAUCUACAAGGCAGGAGCUUCUAGAGAUUGAUGGAAUAUCAUAUAGGCUACAGAGGGAGAUCCAGUUACUUAAGGGAUUUAACCUUUUACGUUGCAAGAACUGUGAGGCUUUGAUUGCAAAGCGAAGUGACAUGGUAGUGAUGUCGACCGAUGGUCCCCUCAAUGCUUUUGUGAACCCAAAUGGUUAUGUUCAUGAGUUAAUAACCGUUCAGAAGGCAAUAGGGCUAUUACUCCAUGGUGCUCCAAGCAAAGAGCAUAGCUGGUUUCCAGGGUAUGCAUGGACGGUAGCUUGUUGUGCUGGAUGUGAAUCCCACCUUGGGUGGCUAUUCACGGCUGUGAAGAAGAAUCUGCUCCCAAAAUCGUUUUGGGGGAUACGGAGCUCCCAAGUUGCAGAUGACACAAAACACGAAGUCCAAUGAAGCAUAGUCUGCAGAGUUACGGAAUAAAAGGUAUAGUUUAGGGUUUCUGAGAUAUCAUGUGAAGAAAUGUAUUAUAAGGUGUGAUGAUUGUUGAAUUUAGAGUAAUCUUGAUAGAAUAUCCGAAAUAUAGUACAUAGAGAUAAGGCGUAAUGUACUCGUAACGUGUAUGGUGUUAUCCUCAUGAUACCGCAGCUUUAACAGCUUUUCUGCUGGUAGUGAAAUCAAGCUAUAACUGUUUUUGUUCUAGUUGAGCUUGAAAUUUCGGACAAUUUGUGGAAACCAGAUGGUUUUAUGAUGCAGCACUUUGGAAGCUUGUUAGUUUGAUAGUGCAAAGUUUCGAACUUUUCU